GAUCUCCUCCCCACCACUUUCUGUUGGCGCGGAUGUUGAACAGGGGAGGUAAACAUUAAGACAAAGUAAAAUCGUAUUUUUGAAGGCUAACAUUAUCAAUUUGUGGGGAGGUUAACAAUCAUGGAAACUGGCAGGGACACAUUUCCAUUUCCCUAUCAACCCUACAACAUCCAGGAGCAGUUUAUGCAAGCCCUGUACAUUGCUCUGGACCAGGGCAAAGUUGGAAUCUUUGAAAGUCCAACUGGGACGGGAAAGUCUCUGAGUCUGAUAUGUGGAGCGUUGAGCUGGCUCACUGACUUUGAAGAGAAGAGGAAACAGGAGUCAGCUGCUCUGCUGCAUGAAGGAGAAGCAGCUCUUUCCACCUUCACUGCUCCGUCCUCCACUAGCAGCUCCUCUGCAGAGCCGGACUGGAUCACUGAUUUUGUUCAAAAAAAGGCAGACCGUGAUUUGGUGUCAAAGUUGAAGGACGAAGAAUUGAAAAGAAAGAAGAGGGAAGAACGAAUAGAAAUGAUCAGAAAUAACGUUCAACUGAAGUAUGCCAUGAAAAGAAAAAGCUGUGAAGAUGAAGAGGCAAUAAAAUUGCUCCAGCUCAGUAAAGAGGAACAAACCGAGCCCCAAGGAGAUCAAGAGGAUGAGGAACUCAUCAUUGCAGAAUAUGAGAGCGAUGACGAGUCAAAGACCAGGACCAGAUUUUCUGCUACUGAGGAAGACAAUGACGACGAUCUGGUUGAAGAACAUGUUAUGAAGAUUUACUACUGCAGUCGCACUCACUCCCAGCUGGCCCAGUUUGUCCAUGAGGUUCAAAAGAGUCCCUUCAGCAAGGACAUCAGUCUGGUCACCCUGGGCUCACGGCAGAAUUUGUGUAUCAACGACGAGGUGCGCCGCCUGGGCAGCAGCCAACGCAUCAAUGACCGCUGCGUGGAGAUGCAGAAAAACAAACAUGAGAAGCAAAAUGAAGACGGUGUAAAACGUAAGCGAGGCCCAGCAAAGGCUGUGUGUCCCUAUAACAAACCUUCAGCUCUGCAGCAGAUGAGGGACGACGUUCUGGGGAAAGUCCACGAUAUAGAGCAGAUGAUGAAGCUGGGCAGAGAGACACACUCAUGUCCUUACUACGCCACGCGCCUCUCUGUUCCCCCUGCACAGUUGGUGGUGCUGCCCUAUCAGAUGUUGCUUCAUGAAGCAACAAGGAAGGCAGCAGGGGUCCAGCUGAAGGGUCAGGUGGUGAUCAUAGAUGAAGCUCACAAUCUUAGUGACACACUGUCCUGUAUACACAGUGCAGAACUCACUGGAGCGCAGCUUUGCCGUGCCCACUCGCAGCUAACUCAGUAUUCUGACCGCUACAAGAGCAGACUGAAAGCAAAGAACGUGAUGUACAUUAAACAGAUUCUGUUUGUGGUUGAAGGGCUUGUCCGGGUACUGGGAGGAAAGGUGGGGCAGAAUCCACAGACCCAGACUACACAAACAGGAACUGAAAUGCUCACCAUUAACAGCUUCCUCUUCAAGGCUCAGAUUGACAAUAUUAAUUUGUUUAAGUUGCCGAGAUACUUUGAGAAGAGCUUGAUCAGCAGAAAACUGGGGGGCUUUGUGGAGAAGUACGCAGGAUCAGGAGUGAGUCUGCACAUUCAGAGCGGCUCCAACAAGGAGAACCGCCGCACAGAGGGCCUGAACCGCUACCUGCAAACGCUGCAGAGCAACCAGAACACGGCUCCAGUGUCUGCAGCAGACGAGCAGGGGUCAGAGGCAGAGAAAGUGCUUUCUGCAUCCCCCAUGAUGCAGGUGGAGGGUUUCUUCAUGGCUCUCACCAACAGGAACACAGACGGCAGAGUGGUGGUGCAGAGGCAAGGUACUGUUUCAGAGAGCAGUGUGAAGUUCCUGCUGCUGAAUCCAGCGGUGCACUUUGCCCAGGUGCUGAAGCAGUGCAGGGCCGUCAUCAUCGCCGGAGGAACCAUGCAGCCUGUUUCAGACUUCAAACAAGAGCUGCUAUUUUCUGCCGGAGUGGGAGAGGAGCGCAUCACAGAGUUUUCCUGUGGUCAUGUAAUUCCUCCGGAGAACAUUCUUCCCCUCGUCUUGUGCAGCGGUCCUUCCGGUCAGGAGCUGGAUUUUACUUUCCAAAGCAGAGACACUCCACGCAUGAUGGAUGAGACGGGGCGAAUUCUCUCCAACAUUUGUAAUGUGGUCCCCGGCGGCGUCGUGUGCUUCUUUCCUUCCUACGAGUACUCGAGACGCAUCGUUUCUCACUGGGAGGCCAGCGGGGCACUGAGUCGUCUCGCUAACAAGAAGAAGAUCUUUCAGGAGCCGAAGAAAGCCAACCAGGUUGAGCAGGUGCUUAGCGAGUUCUCCCGCUGUAUCCAGAGGUGUGCUGCAGAUCCGGGCGGGCUCACAGGAGCGUUGCUGUUCUCUGUGGUCGGAGGAAAGAUGAGUGAAGGCAUCAAUUUCUCUGAUGACCUGGGCAGGUGUGUGGUGAUGGUGGGAAUGCCAUAUCCCAACAUCAAAUCCCCAGAGCUGCAGGAAAAGAUGUCCUACCUGGACAAACACCUGCCUCACAAUGGAGGAAAGAGCCCCGGCCAAGCACUGAUAGAAAACCAGUGCAUGAAGGCUGUCAAUCAAUCCAUAGGAAGAGCCAUCCGUCACCGGGGCGACUAUUCCUGCAUUGUGCUGUGUGACAGACGUUACGCUCGACCUGCGACACUCUCCAAACUUCCCAAGUGGAUCAAAGACCGCACCAGCACACACACCACUUUUGGCCCUGCUUUUGCCGCCUUACGGAAGGUAAGGGCAAGAGUCCGCUCUUCAAGAACUUUAUCGUGACUAAAACAUAUUCCAAUGUUGUCUUUGUUUAUUCUUCUUUCCUAGUUCUUCCUGGAGAAGAAGCAGAAGCAGGUGUAGUGUCACCCACAGCUGGCCUAGACGUUUCCAAAGACAAAGGUUGGGAAGAACUCCCGGGAAACCCACUGCAACAGCGAGCGAUCACUGAGCGAAUUUAAACCGAACCUAAAAAUGCAGAUGUAGUUGUUGUUGCUAACAUCUUGCUCCUGGCUUGAAUUCAAUUUUCAGCUAGGUAGGCAGUUUGAUCCAACUUGCUUGUAUUUCUUGUGUUUGGCCUUGCUAGCUUAUGCCUCUGAAAUUAAGAGGAUUUAGAGAAUAACGAAUACAAAUGUAUGAUGGCACACUGCAGACAAAGAGACAGUUAUCACAACAAUUCAGGUAUUUCAGUCCUUCAAUGUCUUGAAUUCAGCUUUGAAUAUUUAAAGCGUCAAUGUUAAAUAUUACGUAAUGCAAACAUUCAGUUUAUUAAAUGUUAGUAAAAGUAUAUAAAAUUUAAACUCCAUUUCAAGUGUUAUGCAAUGCAAAGGUUACAUUUAUUGAAUGUUAAGAUGUUGGUGUUAUGGGUCGAUUGACUUUAAGAGCAUCCACUAAUUCAUUUUAUGAAAAGGUUUUACAAUGAACAUGAUCAAUAAACACCUUUUUAUUUA